UGGAGGAAGCGUACCUCCAGCACAGUGGUUGAAAUGCAGCGGAUGCAUGCGGGAGUAUUCCGCGCUGAUCGGUGGUCGGGGAGUGCUUAUUGCGACAAAGCUGCCAAAACUUCAACCUUGACAACAGAAGGUACUCAAUUCCCAGAAACGCAGUUCGCGCCCAGAACCUGGUCGUCUCAACUACGACAACAAUGGCUGCCGAACAGGAUGUCGAGGACCUCAAGUCCAACAAACGCAGUCACUCAGAGUUCACAGGACCAAAUGACGGCGACAGCUCCUCAGAUGAUGACAUGGGUCCUCAGCUGCCCUCCGUGGCAGCGCCCAAGAAGAAGCGCAGAGUCCUACCGUACGAGAAGCUCUAUAUCUCAGCACUACCUAAAGGCGCGCGAUACUCGAAAUCCUUGAUGCACAAGGAGCAGCUAUCCUUCGUCACCGUUACGCCCUUGACCGAAUUCCUCAUCACAAGCUCCGUUGACGGUGUUGUCAAGUUUUGGAAGAAACAGGCGCAGGGUAUAGAGUUCGUCAAAGAGUUUAAAGCCCACAAUGGCGAGAUCAGAUCAGUCUCCGUCAGCCAGGAUGGACGAAGUUUUGCGACAGCCGGCGAAGACAAGACCGUUAAGAUCUUUGAUGUGUAUACUUUCGACCUCCUCGCAAUGCUGCAGCUCGAAUACACGCCAAAAUGCAUAUGCUGGGUGCACAAACGCGGUGCCUCUUUGCCAAUAUUGGCUGUGUCAGACGAGGCGAGGCCUUUAAUCUACAUCUACGACGGAAGAGGAGAGAGCCCGGCACCCAUACAUACCAUCAAAGGACUGCACAAGAGUGCGGUGAGCAUCAUGGCUUUCAAUGACGCGCAUGACUGUGUGGUCUCUGCAGACGAAGGCGGAAUGCUCGAGUACUGGAGCCCUGGCUCCAACUACGAAAAGCCAGAGAACGUGUUUCAAUACAAGAGCUCUACUAAUUUGUUCGACUUCAAAAAAUCCAAGUCGGUGCCUGUGUCUUUGAGUAUGUCUCCAUCGGGACACCAGUUUGUGGCAUACUCUUUUCCUGACCGCAAGAUACGAAUAUUCGAGUUCGCCAGCGCAAAGCUCUACAGAACAUACGACGAGUCUCUGCAGGUCAUCGAGGAAAUGCAACAGGCCGGCACGGCAAAACAGAAGCUGGAUCCCGUGGAGUUUGGCAGGCGCCGCGCAGCUGAGAUCGAGAUCGAAUCACCAGCCUUGAGAAACAAGGCCAACGUCAUUUUCGAUGAGUCGGGCAAUUUCAUCCUGUACGGAUCAAUAUUGGGCGUCAAGGUCCUGAAUACCUUCACAAAUCACAUCGUCAAAGUGUACGGUAAGGAUGAAAACAUGCGGCCGGUCAAUCUGGCCUUGUAUCAGGGACAGCCUCAAAAGAAAGGAUUGACCACCGUUGCCAUGGCGGCAUCGGCAAAUCCUCUGCUCCAGGAGGCAGAGUCGCGGGACCCUAUCCUUAUCACAACCGCAGUAGGAAAAGUACGGUUCUACAUGUUCACGGAUGAUGAGGAGAUCUCCAAGUCCGAGCGUGAUGUUCAGAACGAGAAACCAACGAUGCUCGGGGGCAAGAAAACGGAACAGAAGAAGCAGGCUGAGACGGGAACUGCUGCUGUUCUUCACACAACGUAUGGCGACAUCCACAUAAGGUUAUUCCCAGAUGCUGCGCCGAAAGCUGUCGAGAAUUUUGUCACUCAUGCGAAGCGGGGUUACUACAACAACACGAUCUUCCACCGAGUGAUCCGCAAGUUCAUGAUCCAAUGUGGAGAUCCUCUCGGCGAUGGCACCGGCGGCGAGAGUAUAUGGGGUAAGGAGUUCGAGGAUGAAUUCAGCACCUUGAAGCAUGAUAAGCCCUACACGGUCAGUAUGGCCAACGCUGGGCCAAACACUAACGGUAGUCAAUUCUUUAUCACAACCGAGAAGACGCCGUGGCUUGAUAACAAGCAUACCAUUUUUGGACGGGCAAUGCAGGGACUCGAUGUCAUCCAUAAGAUAGAAAACGUCCGGACGUAUAAGGAGAAGCCAGAAGAGGACAUCAAGAUACUCAACAUAGACAUAGCAUAGCGCACGAGAAAUGAAACCAAGCCCCCCCCCCCUUCACGCGCAGACAGUAGCUCAAUAGCUAGUAGGAUGGGACUGUGGGCUGUACUCCGUUGCGUAGGGAGGAGCGAGUAGCGGGCGUGGGGCCAAUGCUACUGUGGCUCACUAAGAUAUUCUAGACCAAGACCAAUGAAGACGUCCUCUGCAGGGCUCGGCCAAUCGCUGCCAGG